UCGACCUCAUGCAAUGAAAGAGCGCGGUCGUUUGUGUGUACGCAUUGUACUCGGUGUGUGUGUGGUGUGUGGUGUACUGUGCACUAAGUAAAUGUUGGCAUUUCAGUGGGAUUUCAACGUCAAGUUUUUCUCACAUUCCCGAAUUGUUCCAGACUUGUGUACGCCAGUCUCGGCCCCUUGUGUAUCCGCUGUUCUCGAGUUGAUCAACUGAGUGAUAGACCAUCAUGCCUCAAAGUACACGGCAAACAUCCAACGUUGCCAAGGCAAACGUUCUGCUAAUAUGCGACGAGGAUGUCCUGUCAGACGUGCAGAAACUCAUCUACACACGACAUGAAGAGAAACUGAACGAGUACAACAAAGCCGUGGAGGCUUACAACAAAGCCUAUAACAAAUCCAGCUCUGGUAGUUCAGGCGUUAGCCAAGCUGUUCCCCCCAAGGGAAAUGUCGUCGUUCAAAAUGGCAUCUCUAAUCAACCGCUGCAACAGAAGAUUCUGCCGCAGAAACAGACAGUUUUAGUAUCGACAUCAUCUGCUGUAAGCUGGCAACAACAAGCGCAAAUAGUGAAGCAGAUUGGAGGUCAAAGCGUUCUCCCUGUUGUGACCAAACCUCGGACCACUCUCCAGCAAUUCGUUAGUCCUGUCAAUUCAAUUGGGCAAAAGACCAUUAUACAGGUACCAGGCAGAACAGACUUAUCAGGUAUGCAGGUUAUCAGUGUACCUGGUAAUACCGGGUACCAGCUUGUCAUGGCGCCGCAGUCUACAACUAUACCAAGAAUGGGAACAUCGGUUUUAUCAUCACCCGUCACUGUGGCUCGGACCAAUCCACAACCUAUUGCCAUUCGGGGUUUCACCGCGCCAGCAACUCCGUUGGUUCAAAGCCCCACCUUGAGUCAGAUUGUAACAACAAAGGUUAUAUCCAAUCCCAUCUCAACAAGACCUGUAACUGUUGCAUCUGUAAAUGUGUCUGCUGGAAAGUCUGAUACCCAAACAGUCAGUUCUACUAGUGGUGUGAAACGAUCCGCCCCACCGGACAGUAGCCCUAUCCUUAAACGGUUAAAGUUGAAUAGUGAUCCAGUCGAGCCAGAUUUCGAGAAGAAUUACUAUGGGUAUAAGAAAGGACGGUCGUGGUGGGAUGAUGAAAAGCCAAGGGGAAGCUUCCGGUGCUAUGUGUGUAACAAGAAGUUAUCCACAAACAUACGCUACAUGCAGCACAUCAAGCAUCACUUGGACAAUGAGCAGCAACUAAACUCCUCCGUCAAUAACGUUGUCAAUUGCCGUUCUUGCUUCAAGCAUUUCACCACACCAUAUCAAUUGCAGAUGCACGUUGAAAAAGCCCACAUGUAUUGCAAACAUAGAUGCGGCAUUUGUGAGCAAGCAUGCGAGGACAGUGAUGGGUUAGUCAAGCAUCUCGCCAAGAGUCAUCCAAAACUUCAGAUGCCUUACGUCUGCGGUGUCUGUAACUACAUGACGUCCUUCUAUGAUGACCUCGUCAGCCACUUCUCCAAACAACACGAAGGAAGCAAAGCCCUCAUGUGCCCCUUCUGCGUGCGUAUCAUCAGAUGCAACAACUCUUUCUUGCGCCAUUGUAAAACGCAUCUUUCCGUGUCGAUGAAGAAUGGUUUAUUCCGCUGCCGAAGCUGUAAACUGAUGUUUUUGAACAGCACCAUGUUGAAGGACCACAUUAAUAAGGAUCACGUUCAACAUAGGCAAAAGGAUCGCAACGGUGUCCCCCAGAUGGCUCCUUACAGAGGAAAGCAAGCCAUCAACACGACCUCUGAGAAGAACGCCAAGACAGUGUCAAAACCAAUGCCUGUUAAGAUCGCACCGUCUUUGUGGACAAGGAAGGAAAUCAUUCGACCAAAGGGGGCACUAAGAUGCCUCGAGUGUGGAACUUCGACAAAUGUUAGUAGAGAUCACUUCCGUAAGAAGAUGGCCUGCACCUUAUGUAAAUACGUCACCUACUGUGGGGGUGCUUUUGCAAAUCACAUGAUAGCAUUUCACAAGGCGGGUUCCACACCAAAGGUCCACCGCAUCCGGAAGAUCACCGUAAAUAAUGGCCGGAUGCUCUUGGGUUGCAAGAAGUGUGAAUUCAGCACCCUGUCUCCCACCCUCAUGGCAUGUCACAUCGAAAGCUGCCCUCGUGGUCACACCAUGAUCGAGUCAUUCAAAGUGCGAACGAGUAGUCUAAUGACAUCUAGACAUUUCAAACGAGAGAUAAUACAAAUCGAUAGAGAAGCUCUUCGCAGGGCUAACAAGAAAAACUCUGAUGAUGACGGCGAUGAUGAAGUGAUAGUGAUUGAAGAUGAGGUGCUGGUUGACCUUACUGAUGAUUUACCAAGCACCAGUAAAUCAGAGAACAGUGACAAAGACAAUGAAUCAGAGAACAGUGACAAAGAUAGUAAAUCAGAGAACCGCGACAAAGAUAGCAAAUCAGAGACCAGUGACAAAGACAGUAAAUCAGAGAACGGUGACAAAGAUGAAGAAGCGGAAAAGUCUCCAAUGAAGAUUGGAAACUUGUCGGUGAAGCUGGAGAAAUUACCAGCGAAUAUUACAGCAGACAACUCUCAAACUAAAGAAGACGAUGACAGUAAAAACAACAAAGAUACUAGCGAAACUAACAAAGACACCAGCGAAAACAACAAAGACACCAGCGACAAUCAGCAAUCAGAUGCUGAAGAUGCGAAGGUUGAAGGUCGGAGAUUGAGAAGUAAAACAUCUAACAAAGAUAAGGAGGAAGGAGAUCAGCCUGUCAACGGGAAAGAAAAAAUGAUCCAACUCAAGGAAGUACAAAUCAAACUGGAACAAAUAAGUGCUGUGUAAGACUAAGCAAAUGUGGACGUGUAACCUUUGACCUGUAUCACAUCGGUACUUCCACAGUUUUUGAUUUGAACUGUACAAAUUGUACAUUUUAAGUUUCUUCAGUUAACACCAAAGUAUUAGUGAGCACCUUUUUUCUUCUCUCUCAAUUCUCACAUUAUUUACAGUGAGACCCACAUAAAGGACACAUCACUGCAUCAACAACAUAAAAUUGCAGGUGACACAAUUUUCCUUUAGUAGGUCAUCAAUGUUGACAAUUGUGUAGUCAGUGAAAUUUGCUUCAAUUGGUACACACUUCUACCCAAGUUUACUAAAAGGCUCUUGCCACACAGUUCCGCAAGAUUGCGGAAGUCCACAGUACACAAGCCAUUGGGUUUCUGCUCAAUACCGUUUUCCAAUCACUGUUUUCCUAUACUGUUUUCCAGAUAAAACCCAUGAACUCAGUGCUUGGGCCUUUCUCAAACCCGACUUUGGCUUUGCGUGCUGCGUACGCAGUAGAAACGCAGCGAGAACGAACAGACCAUACAUUUUUGGAGCAGCGUGUUUUUUUGCCUGCCGGGUAGGUUGAACAUCAGACUGCACCAGGAGCCGGAGCUCCAUCCGAGGUUUGAGAAAGGCACCAAGACUGGAAGUUAUGGUACCUGUGGGAGUCUGUGGCUCCUAUGUAGCUGUUUGAGUCACCAGCUUACCAUAUUAACACCAAUUAGACAAGCACAAAACUAUAUGCCGAUAAUUAUUUUGAGUAAUUACCAAUAGUGUCCACUGCCUUCAAAGGUUUUUUUUGAAGGGUGAAAAACAAUUUCUUUCAAUACUCAACCCACCAAGGUCUACAUGUUUUGAAAUGUUGUAUUCUGUAAGACUGAGGCGAGGUACAGCACCAUAAUUAGAACAAUUUUAGUGCUGAGCUACAUGUUCAAUGAUUUUGAAUUUUGUCGGAGUGAGAAAAGAUCCUAGCACAUCACUCGUGUGAGUUAUGUUUAUAGUUCAAUUCCACUGUUUGUCAGGGUUCUUGAUAGUGAGAUUGGUUAUUACACGCUAUUGAUGAAUACAUGUAAGCGCAGUUGCUAAAAAAUACUUGACCAAAACUUGUGGAGAACAUGUCGUUUCUGUGGCCGAUAUCUUUCUACUUCAAUGUAAUUCAAUGUAAUUAACACAAAUGGGUUCAAGGUCUUCGUACAUCAUGUAUUCCAUGCAUGGCAGCACGAUGGUUUGAAUGUUCACACACUUUGUGUAACGUGACGUUAAAGUUUGCAAGUUACAAAUUGUCGGCUCAGUGCUAUUGAGGUCGUUAAUUGGAAUUUCAAAAAAAAAUUAUAUAUAUGAAAAAAUAUGUGUAAGUUUGUAAAUGAAUCAAAUUCCACAAUUAAAUAUUUUUCUUAGAAAUGAAAUGUUUCUUUUUGCCAACAGUUAGUUUGGAGACCCCUCAUGAACGAAACCCCUCCAUUUACUAGGAGCACCAAAAUAUGCAAAAGUGAUUGGAUAAAAUCCACACAAAGUGCACUAAACGACCUUACAGUCCCGAGCCGACGAAAUAUUCCCCACUCUGCCUUCACCUCCACCCCUCACAAAUUGUAAAAGUUGUGUAUUCUAAACUUUAAUGGAAAAUCUUCACUUGCCACUUACAUGAUUUCUCAUACAAGACAUUGGUAGGUUUGGGAGAAGAAGCAUAAAUAGAGUAACUCAUUGAGUCUUUUGAUUAUUAGGGGAUGGGUAGGAUAAAACUGUAAGAUCUAGCAGGGUUGGCCCUGAACUUAGUCGGUGACUUGCCAGAAAAAAACUACUUGGCUUUUUAUUUCUCCGGCCCCCAGCUUUUUCACUUGUCCAUAUUGAAUAGGGAUGUUUUUCAACACUGAACUAGCCAACUGGACCACCUGUAGAGAAUUUUGACUGAUCCUCUGGUGUUUUAACUGGUAGUUGGCCAACGGGACAAUGUUAACCGAGAACACUGUGCAUUGUUGUCAUGUGAUGGGCAUGGAUUGUUUUAAAAAUAUCUGCUGUAUUAUGGUUUCAUUUUAAGAACACAUUUUGAUGUAUAUGAAGUGUAUAAAAACUUACAAUAACAAACAAAUUUUGUAAAGAUAAAAUUUUGUACAAAAACCAGAUUAGAAUGUAAGACUACUUUGGCAAAGCAUACAUCUAACAAAUAUUGCACUAUUGAUUUGAAUUAUUGAGAUAGGGCUAGGAAGUGUCCCUAGUUAAUGUGUUAUUUGCUUCAAAUUGUCAGUUUUAGCCUAAUAGUAGAAUAGUAAUGAUAGUAUCCUUCGAAUAACACUAUACGUUUCGACCCUAGCAGAGUCUUUAUCGAAGGUUACAGAACUUUACCUUAAAUUGGGUAAAAUAAUAUGUAAAUUUAGUUGGAGAAUAAUUAUCUUUGAAAAUAAGUAAUUCAUGCUCCUUUGCAGGAUCAAAGGAAGGUAGGGUCAAUACUAACUAAGGUAAUGACCCCUUGGAAAAAGGGUUUAAUUUCCAUCCAAACACUCACUAGUUAUAAUUAUGGUAAUGGUGUUCAAAAUCUUGCAAAACUAUUUCUUCUGAAGUGCAGAGUUUUGGAGAGAGCAAUUUCUGUCACCUAGCUAAAUGUUUUCAAGUUCAACAUUCUUGAUAAUACAUUUUUGGAAAGGCAGUUUUUACCCUUAAUGUAUUAGUUAUUCUCACAUGGGUUCCCUUUACCCCCAAAAACGUGUUUGUUUUCUCUACGAGCCAAAUGUUAGAUCUGGGCCCAGUUUCAUAGACUGCUUAAGCAGAAAAAGUAGCUAAGCGCAACCAAAUAGUGCUAACCAAUAUAAGGCUACGGCCAGCCAAUUCAUACAAUUUAUUCGUUUUUGUUUAGCAGAAAGAAGAGUUUUCUAUAAAAAUUGGGCCCCUGACACGGCCCAACUUCAUAGAGCUGCUUAACCACAACAAAUUUUGCUUACCUGAACAAGGUAACCUACAUGUACAGCCAAAGUACCAUGUAAAAUUUUAAAUCUAAGGCUGGUGUCCUGCGUACUUUCGCUUAGCAGAAAAUUACUUUAAGCAUAAUGAUCUGCUUAUGCAGCUCCAUGAAAGUGGGCCCUGCAUUUUGAUUCUAAUCACUGAACAGACUGAUGUACUAUUUUAAUGUUAGGAGUUUACGUCAAUUUUUGCUGGAUCAGAAAAUGAUGUUGAAAUGAUCUUUUUCAAAUGAGAAAAAUUUUCAAAAGGGAGUAAAUUUCAAAGGGAAAUUGGAGCAAGAGUGAUAACAAGUAGUAUCUUCAAGUAUGCGCUAAUCCACCAAUCAGAAUUGCAGAAUGGAGUGGUGAUAAAACCUAUAUUGCACGGCUAAUAUAACUUCCUGUGUCUUGUGUGUUGUAUGUCGUGCGCCAAUUUUGCUUGAAGAUAAAUACGUUAUCACACGUGCGCUUGUGAAAAUACGGAAAAUAUAGCGCGUCUGCGUCCCAUAUCAAUGGGACGCAGAAGCGCUAUAUUUUUCCGUACUCCACUCGUGCUUGUGUGAUAACUUAUAGAGUUGUAUUAAUGCAUAUGACAAUUAUUGGUGCAAAAUCCAUUGUAAUGUUCUUUUUGUAACACUUGGAGGUUGGGCUUUUUUAUGUAGAUAAUUCCAUUUUUUUUUGUGUUUUUUUUUCAAUUUUUGUUUGUAAUUCGCAAAAUGUGUUCAGCAUACAAGAUCGAAAAUACUGAGCUGAUCAAACAAAUUAUUCUUAUUUUGCUGUUCUUUUUCUAUAUUCUUGAAUGCAUUAUGCUAAUUUGGUUUACUUUGCUCUCCGAAGCUCACUCUUGGACAAACGACAAGAAAUUGCUCAUAAAUUGUUCCCACAUUUGAAUACACAGUAGACUGUAGGUCAACACAAAUUUAGAUUUAUUUCCUGUUGAAAAAUUAAAAACUAACCGUGUAUUUUUAUGACAGCUGUAUGAUAGUCAUUGCUUAAAAGAAUUGCAACAAAUGAGCAACUUGGUAAUAAAACAUUAAUGUAUUUAGAAUUGAAAAUGAAUGUCUUCUGCAACUAUUUGAUCUUGAUUUUGUUGUUAAUUCCAUGUCACUAACCACAUGCAAUUAUUUAGCGAUCCUUCAGCUGAAAAGUAUGUACAUGUAGAUUUGUAGGUCGGCCCUCGUAGUGGAUAAAAUCUUCCUAGUUUUUUCCUUGGACCAAAUAAUAUGUUAACGAGGUCUUCCUUUGACAUCAUUGAGGGUGCUGUUCGAGCGUGUGACAUCAUUAGCAAGGGUCUUUUAUUCCCACCAACACUCGACAAAAAGACACAAAAGUCUCAUUCCAAUUGUAUUUACAGAUAUUUUAUUUCAACUUGCAGAUCUAUCAUACUGCUUCCCUAUCAUACAACAGCAACCAUGAAAAUUGAUUAUAAUUUUAACAAAAAGCAACUAGACUAAAUUUCUUGAUUUGUACAAAAUGGCUGCAAACUACUCUUUAAGCCUAUUCUGAACUGGUGGCUAUGGCCAUGAGUGUUGCUAAGGAUGUCCCACACUGGAACGCAUAACUAGCCCUCAAUUGGGAAAGGUCUAACAAACCAUUCAGAGUCUUCAUUUUAAGUACUUGCAUGUAAUUAUAUCAAACACCAAAGAAAUAAAUUAGCAUGCAUGAUUACUACUUGUACAUGUAUGUGAGCAAAAACUGACAAAUGUGAUCACCACUUAUACACUCAAUUUACCAAAAUGUGGUACCGAUGCAGUAGAAUGAUGAAUUACAUGUAUAUGUAAACUUAAUAAGAUUAUGUAUUCAGUCUUGAUGAGUUAAGAAGUGGUGGUCAGAUUCAGAGUCUUUUUUAAAGUUCAAUUCAAAGACCAAUAUGAUACAUUGAUGGAAUGGUACUGUGACUUUUUUUCCACAAAAGUUGGCAAAGCCAUAUUCAGCCUUGGGCAACGAUUAAAGUAGACAAUUGCUGAUUUUAUCUUGUUUUCCAAUAGACCUUAAGCACAUUUCAUUUGAGUAAGGCGCGUCAAAGAACAUUCCUCAUUGGCCCAUCCUGUGUGCCAUGCAAAUUCAUCAUCAUUUUACCUCUAUAAUGGCAACAUUAUGAUAGAGUAGAUUUCCUUAUUCUAUCUUUGAGUACAGACCUUGAGUGAUAACCCUUGUGUGGGAACUAAUUAAAAACUGCCCCUCCCAUAGACGCCACCCAUUAGUCUUGGUUCAAAGACCAUGGUGAUUGCACGCACACACACAACCAAAGUUCAGAGAUCUAUACACAUCGCAAACUGUACGUUUGUAAUUCUCUUCCCCAAAAGGUCAGUGGGGGAAAUAACACAAGUCACAGCGCCCUCAAAGUUUAUUCGUGUAGAGUUUGCCCUGUACAUAGAUCUGAAUGUUGGUUGUGUUUACACGCAAACACCAUGGUUUUGGUUGAAGUCUACCAACCCAUUUGUACAAAUUGUAAA